CAAGUCGUGGCCGGCGGCGGAUUGAUUGUUUUCACAUCAGUCGAUAAAAUUUGCAAUAACUAUUUUCCGAGAUAAUAUACUAAUAUUAAAACGUGGCGUGUAAAUAAAAAAGAACAAUGAAAUGUUUUCAAAUUAUUCUGCAUGUUAUAGUGUUGCUAUGUGUCUGUUUUGCGACAUUAUCACCACCGUCUGAUAAGAAAGGACAGAAAGGUAUAAAACCGCAGGAAGGCCCUCGAAAACACAAUGUUUUGGACAGAAAAUUAGUGAAUGAAGCACCCUACAUAAAAGACAUCAUAAAAUAUCAUGCCACUUAUCAUCAAGACGUUUCUACAAAGAACUUUGAGAACAUUGUGUUGGGAUAUGUAACGCCGUGGAACAACAAAGGCUAUGAUGUGGCCAAGACCUGGGCGCCCAAGUUCAACUACAUCUCCCCGGUGUGGCUGCAGAUCAAGCGGCAGAGCCCUAACAUCUACAUCAUCUCGGGGCUGCAUGAUGUUGAUCAUGCGUGGAUGAAAUCUGUACGCCAAAAAGGAUUUGAUAGGAACUUAAAAAUUCUGCCAAGAAUCCUAUUUGACAACUGGCAGAUGUCAGACCUCAAGGCCUUCUUCAUGGAGCCCUCGUCACUUUCAGAGCAGAAAGCGCUUAUCGAAGAGGUAAAGAAAGCCUGCAAGCAGUGGAAGUUUGACGGAGUGGUGCUUGAGAUGCUCUCGCAGGUCGGGAAGUACGCUGACCGCUCUGUUAAAUUCAUACAGCAGUUUGGUCUGGAAAUGCAGGAAGACGACUUCAGUUUGAUCCUAGUGUACCCACCUUUCAGGGGCUAUCCUAGCGACGAGUUCUACAUCCAGGCCUUCAACGAUAUCUACCCGUAUGUCGAAGCCGUGUCUGUCAUGACAUAUGACUUCUCUAGUCCACAGAAACCUGGACCAAAUGCGCCACUAUAUUGGAUGAAGUUAUGCAUAGAAAAACUUAUUGACAAUGAUGAAAAUCCCGCGAAGCGCUCCAAAAUCCUUCUCGGGCUGAAUUUCUAUGGCAACUCAUAUACUGCGAACGGCGGUGGCCCCAUUGUUGGCACGGAGUAUAUUGAGUUAUUGAAGAACGCCAAGGCGAACCAAGUGUUGACGUAUAAUAAUAAUACGGCGGAGAACUAUGUUGAAAUCCGGACAUCGCAGGGCACAAAGAAGAUAUUCUUCCCCACACUCUACUCUAUACAGAAGCGGCUAGAGUUAGCGCGCGAGUUUGGUACCGGCGUGGCCAUAUGGGAACUGGGACAGGGGCUAGACUACUUCUACGACCUCUUCUAAUAAUUAGAAGCCUAAUUAUUAGGGGCACUGUGCUAGUUUGCGUCCACACACCUUAGGGCACAAAGAAGAUAUUGUUCCCCACAUUCUACUCAACAGAAGCCGCGAGAGUUUGGCUAGACUACUUCUACCUCUUCUAAUCAGGGGCACUGUGCUAGUUUGCAUCGAACAUACCUUAGGGCACAAAGAAGAUAUUGUUCCCCACACUCUAAUAGCCGAAUACAGAAGCCGCGAGAGUUGGGCUAGACUACUUCUAUGAUCUCUUCUAAUUACAAUUACACACAAAGAUAUUGUUCCCCACACUACUCAAUACAGAAGCCACGAGUGUUUAGCUAGACUAAUCCUAUGACCUCUUUUAAUUAGGGGCACUAGGAUAGUUUGCGUCCACACACCUUAGGGCAAGUCUUUUGUUCCAAGACUUCGCAGGGCACAAAGAAGAUUUUGUUCCCCACACUCUACUCAAUACAGAAGCGGCUAGAUUAGUUUACUACCUCUUCUUAUUAUGGGCAUUAUGCUAGUGUGUAAGUGCGGCAAAGAUUUAUUCAUAAUUUCCUCAAAUGGACGCAAACUAGCACUGGACGGAAACUAGCGCACUAAGUCUGUGUGAUAUUAACUUUAACUUGUAAUAAAUGUUUGUGUU